AUGGUGAAAAAUAAAGAAGUGAGCAUUGAGGGAGCUUUGCAUUUGGCACAGAAAGAGGUGUAUGCUGAAAAGGAUUCACAUGAUUUGCUAACUGGCUCACAAUUUAACUUCAGUAUCUACAAGUACAAACACUAUCGGUGGCAGAAACGAAUUUUGCAGAUUGAUUUCAACACAAAGACCAUUUUUAACAUUGAAAAAGGAAUUAUUAAGAAACAGUUUCCCUUCUCACAAGUCAAAGCCUGUGAAGAUGCUGAAAGGAGGCGCUUCAGCAUUGUAUUUCAUGGGCGCCAAGAUUAUGAGUUGGAAGCAGUGUCUCUUGACGAUAAAAGGAAGAUAAUGUACCUUCUGAGCAGAGUUAUACAGAGUAAUUCAUACAAGAGACCAGCAGAGUCCUAUGCUGGAAGACCUCCAGAAUACGAUGUGAUUCACGAAGGACUGCUGGAUUUGCAGCAAAACAGCUUUACAUCCAUUGAAUGGGUGAAGUACUUGGUGCAACUAUGUGAAGGAGAAUUGACUUUAUAUUGCAUAGGUCUGGGAGGAGAGAACAAGAAUGCAGAUCCCGUAACAAAUACGAUUAAUUUGUCAGGUGGGAAUGUGAGUGUCAGCAAGGAGAAUGAAUGUGGUACCUUUUCAGUCCAGACCAAAGAACGCAACUAUUUGUAA